ACCAUCUUCAGAUAUUUCAGUGCAAGAGAGCAGCACAGCAGCAAUGGACCAACUAACUAUGAAUGCGAUAAAAACUGUUAUCGCCAACAGAGAUAGAGUAAAGAAAAUAUCAUCAGAGAAUAAUAAUUUCGAUAGUUUUGACCAAUUUGAUAGUUUAAAUAGUUUUGACAGUGAUUCCAAGUAUUUCAACCAUGACCAAAAUGACAAUCAAAAUAUAAAGACUUUACCACAUAUUGAGAGUAAUCGAGGUAACAAAUUAAUAAAUGGAUCCCAGUAUAUAAGAAGAGAUUUUUUGAUAAGUUAUAGCAAUACCCAAAAUAUUUUAAAUGUUAAUUUGGAAGACAAAGAACAAAAGCUAUUGAAAAAACGAAAAAUAUCAGAAAUUUUAAAUGAAAAUAAUGAUAUCGAUAAUAUUGCUACUACUAGUGCUACUACUAGUGCUACUGCUACUAAUAAUAAUGACAAUAACCAUAACCAUAACUAUAACCUUAACUAUAACCAUAAUAACUAUAACCAUAGUAACAAUAACAAUAACAAUAACAAUAAUAAUAAAAAUAAUUUAAAUGAUGGUAUUAAUGACAAUUUCAAUGAUAAUUUACUAAACAAAAGAAAAAAAAAUUUAAAUGCUCUUGAUUUUAAUAACAAUCUCAACGAUCAUAUAAAUAGAAACAAAAUUGAAAAUGAAAAUGAAAAAAAAAACCAAGAAUUUUUAGAUAAACUUGAAAAUAGUGAUAGCGAUAUUUUUUUGCCUCAAAUUAAUACCGAGUAUUUAUUAAAGCCAGUUAAUAAACCUGAAUCAAUAGUGACAUCUAAAAUUUAUAAUAAAAUUUUCAAGAGUGAUACAUUGCGAAAAUUGGCUGAACGAACGAUAAACUUAAUCGAAUAUGAACAAAAUAAUGUAGUAUAUCUAACAAAAUUGAUGGAUAGAUUUAUCGGUGCUGAUCCAUAUAACUUCAAAGUGGACAAUUUAAAAUUGCCCGAUUAUGAAUAUCGGUCAUUGAAAUUUGAUAACCUAAUCAAAAAUAACAAUGUUGAAUUUAGUGACAUUUAUGAAAUUUUUGGAAGUAAUACUAGUAAUAACAAUAAAAUUAACAAUAAUAAUAUUGGCGAUUUAGAUGCUCUUAUCAAAUUGAAUACAUCAUUACCCAAAAAGGUAUUUGAAUCUCCAGAUUGCGAGGGAAUCACUAAUAAUUUGAAUCAGUUUUAUCAACACCACUUGAAGAAUCCAAAUGGUUUGAUUAAAGGCAAUUCCACUCCCAGCUCUCGUACAAAUUCAAAUGUAAACCCUAACGUUAUGAACGGAAACCCCAACGGUAGCAAUCAUAAUAACAUUGAAAAUGCAAUAGAGAUUGAUCCAUUUUUUGCAUUACCAGAAAUAGAUUUAGACCCAGAUUAUGGAUUUGACCCCAAAGUGGCAGAUGCAGUCAGAAAAAGGCUCCAGUUGGCGUUGCAAAGAAACGAGGAGUUUGUCAAAAACCUACAGAAAAUCAGAAUGGGAAUCAUCAGAGCUGAAAGGUUGAAAGAUAUAAUAUUCAACUGGUGCAAGGAAAUGAAUGGUGGCAACGAUAUAGAACAGUAGUCAUCAGUAGUCUUAGUAAAGCAAGGAACCGACAAUUAUUCACAUCGUUUUAAAGGCAGUACAAUUCUUGGUUGCACGUGCACGAAAAUCCCCUGUAAUCUGUGAAACCAGGAAUGCG